UUGAUGGUAUGAAGGUGUUUUUGCUAUUUUCCACAAUAUAAUUACUGAUUAGCUAUUGCAAGCAGAACAAACAUUUGUUACAUUUUGAUAAUUAUUCGUUUGUUGAUGUCGUAAAUAUUAUGAAGUUAGUGUCAAACAAUAAAAUGAUCUGAAAUCCUGGUUGAGUCUUGGCUAUAACGAUUCUGGAAUUUCUAAAUCUUAACGUCUAACCAAUAAUAUAAUUUUUUUUGUUUACUUUUAGUGAAAUUGUCACAAAAUAACGUGUCAAAGAUGGAGAUAGUUGUUUUGCUUGGAUUGAUGUGUGUCACCGUUUUUAUUGUGAACCUGUACUGCAUUGUAAUUAUCCUUUUGAAUAAAACUCUACACAGACCAUCACACAUAGCUAUAUGCAGUUUGCUUAUUGCGCACUUUUUGCAAAGCAUUUUUGUUAUUCCGUCGUACGCAGUCAAGAAAGCUGGGACUGGAAACAAGACAGUUGUGUGUGACACUUUUAGGUUUUCGUACUUUUUUACAAACUAUGCUUCCUGUCUCAGUCUACUCGUUAUAACACUUGACAGAUUUAUCGGUGUUCGGCUACCGUUAAAAUACCAUAUUAUCGUCUCGACGCGAAGAAUGUUAUAUUUGACAAUAUCCAUCUGGAUGUAUUCACUCUUGCUAAGUUUAAUACCAUUCAUACCCAAUCAUGCACAAAGUGUCUGCAACUAUAAUCCACAAAAAAUAUGGACUGUUUUCAUGUUGCUAGGCAAUACGCUUCUACCGUUUUUAAUAAUAGCUGGUUGCUAUGUGGUAAUCUUUAAAAAAGCAAGCCAGGUAUUCACUCAGAGAAAACUUGCUCUAGCAAACACAGACACAAGACGCUUGGCAAUUUCACAUUUCAAUAAAUCCAAAAUAACCUUACUUAUAGUUUUCUUUUACGUACUUUGCUGGGGGCCAAGUUGUUGUUAUUAUUUAUUGCAGUCCCUGUGUAAAGCAUGUUUCAACUCAAGUUAUCAUGAUUCAAACACUGAGGAUAUUAUACAUUUUACCAUGAAACUUCUUACAUUCGUUGAUGGUGUUAUAGCUCCAUUGAUUUACUGUUGCACAAACGCCACAUUUAACCGAGCUCGGCGACGCAUGUAUAAAAAAUUACGCCAACUAAUGCAAGGUGGAUCAGUCACUGAGUGUAAACAACAACCUGGUCACUGCUUACAUGAACAUCUGCAAGAAGCUUCACCAAGAGCAGCUGAUGGAGUUGCUUCUGUCAGAAUCAAUAGACUUCAUCCUGUCGGCAACAAAAACGCGUCGAAGAAAGUGACGCUAUCGACGUCAUCGACGAAAGUAAGAACAAUAGAUGUGAUGUACAAAGAAAAGUCUCGGGAUACGGCUGAACUUAUGGUAAAAGAUGGUAAUGGAUUAGUAUUGCUUUGAAGGUGGUGAAAGAAAAUUUUUGUCUGCGUAAAAAGUAGUAUCAAGUAUAACGAGCUUUUUUGUAUGUGUUUAAAUUAGUUGCAUCACAGUUUCAUUUUAUUUCAUCUUUGCACGAUUUUUAUUUCAAUUCUGACAAUCCGCUACUUUAAAUAUUACUUCAUGGGUUGCAUAAUUAAGGCGAUCAGGCUUUUCAAAAAUUGGAUCUUGACUAAAUAACGACCAAAUGGUUUGUUCAAAGCCUAUACUUAUGGUAAAAAAGAACAAAUGAGAUCGUCAUUACCCCUUUAAGCUGAAUGCUUGUUAAGCUCGACCCAGUGUCGUACUAAAUUAGGUACCGUGAAUUUAAGGUAAGGUGAAUUACACGUCAAAGAAUAAGUAAGGGAACUAAAGUAAAAUCACAU